AUGGCCUAUAAGCGUCCCAGAGCCGCAUUCGAAUCUGAUGGSCAACCUCAACAUGCGCCCUUCGCCAUUUACGGCACUCCAUUGCCGGCAUACGACCCGGAGGCGCGCGACGAUGGGAGCUACGUGCCGGUCUGGAAGCAAGAAGUGACAGAUGAACGAGGUCGCAAGCGUUUACAUGGUGCCUUCACCGGAGGGUUCAGCGCGGGCUAUUUCAAUACCGUAGGAAGCAAGGAGGGAUGGGCACCCAGUACGUUUGUCUCCUCGAGAACGAACCGUGCGAAGGAUGCCAAAGAUGGAAAGCAGCAGCGAGCGGAGGACUACAUGGACGACGAGGACUUGGCCGAGCAAGCCGAGACUCAGAAGCUGGAAACGCAGGGCGCCUUUGCCGGACUGGGAGAUGCUCAUGGAGGUGCUUCUGCGAAAGGGAUGUUUUCGGACAUGUUCAGGCCUACCGGUGAAACCAAAGGUGCGAAGCUACUGCAACGGAUGGGUUGGCGGCAAGGGCAGGGAAUAGGGCCAAAAGUUCGCCGACAGGCCAAGGGAGAUGCCAAAGGUGAGACGCAUCUCUUCGCACCAGAAAACUCCCGAAUGAUCAGCUUCGUGCGGAAAAACGAUCGCAAGGGUGUUGGUUUCGGCGGAGAAGCUAGACUGGAAAGCACCACAGGGGCCGUCGAGAACGAGGACGAUGAUAGUGGCGAAGAUGCGAGGAUCUUGCGCAUCAAUCGCUCCAAGCAUGUCAUCAAUGCGAAGACGACAAAGAAGAGUGGGUUCGGCACUGGUGUGUUGAAUGACGGCUCCGACGACGAAGACCCAUACACAGUUGGCCCAAGCAUCAGCUAUAAUCGUGUCAUUGGCGGCAAGAAAAAGAAAGCAGGCAUUUUCUCGAGCAAUGCUACGUCGUCCUCUGUUGUGAAGCCUAGCACCCUCGGCGCAAGGAAGACGGCUAAUUCACGAACCAUGACCCCUGGAAAUGGCACCAGGAAAUGUCACGACGGCCGUUUACCUAUCGAUGGUUUUGUUCUCGCAAUGUCUAGUCUUGACCUCGCAGAUGCCGGCAGCAAGUACCCACCCCCAACAGUACCCGCAGGUUGGGUAUCUUCCCGCACCAACACACAGGCAAAUACUGCCGAUUCACAACACGUGUCUACUGCAGACGCCGCGAAAGCCUCUGUUAUGGAUUCCAAAGCUCGCGCUACUUUGCUCGGGGAGGAAGCCCUCCCUGGGAAGUCUGUUUUCGACUAUCUCACGCCUGCUGCCCGAGAGCGCCUAGCUAACGCCAGCGGGAGAUCAAAUCUUCCCCCGGCCCUUGGGGAGAAAGCACCCGAGGGAUAUAAAACUAGCGAGAAUGACAAGCGUCGCACUUUGUGGGACUUUGUUCCCAAGCUGAGCAAAGAAACCGCCGCAAUGGCCCUGCAGCGAGGACGGACCGGAUGGAUGCCAUAUGCCGAGGAUGAGGACAAACGCGCAAGAUAUAAGUAUUUUCUGGAGCUCAGUAGCGGUUUGCAAAGUAAUUUGCCGGAGAGACCGAAGACUAUGGAAGCGGAAGCGUGGGCACAGGAGAUGAGGGAGUUUGUGGAGGCGGCGGAGAUAUUCAAGCCUGUGACUGGGAUGAUGGCCAGCAGGUUCACGUCGUCCACCAGCGCGCCGAAGCUGGCAUCAGAUGCGCCCGACUCAUCUGAACCUGCUGGUGGUGCAGGGAAGGAAGAGGACGCUGCUGAGAAGGCUGCAAGAAUGGGAAUGUAUGGGCCGUUGACUCGGAGUAAAGUGCCCUUCUUCCCCACCAGGCUGCUGUGCAAACGUUUCAAUGUCAGACCUCCAGCGACUGUUAGUGGAGAGAAUGAGUCCGAAGGAGGCAAAGGUGGAGGUGGAUUGGUGGAUGCAGGAAAACGAUUGGACAUUGUCAGUCAGGCCAGCUUGGAUCGCAUAAUGUUGGACGCAAACUACAAUGCAGUCCGACCACGUGCCCCAGCGCACGAUGGAGAACUAGCAGAGACCGAGGCUGCUCUGCAGCAGCCUGCGGCGGUCGAUGUUGAGAAGAAUGAAGCCUUGGAAGGUCAAAAAGCUGGCGAAGAUGUGUUCAAGGCAAUCUUUGGUAGCGACGACGAGGACGAUGGGUAG